AGAGGAUCAUUCGGUGCAGGAUCGGUGCGAGAUAACGCGGAUGGCGGGCUUGGGAAUCCCAGUGAAGCUGCUCCACGAGGGCAUUGGCCACACGGUGACCUGUGAAUUGAAGACAGGCGAGAUGUACCGAGGGCACUUGAUGAAUUGCGAGGACAAUAUGAAUGCCAUGUUGGAAGGUGUGACCGUGACGGGUCGAGAUGGCAAGGUCACCAACCUGGAGCAGGUCUACUUGAGAGGAUCACAGAUCCGAUAUUUCAUUCUUCCAGACAUGCUGCGACAUGCGCCGAUGUUUAAGAAGAAGGGCCGUGGCGCGGGCCGUGGGGUUUAUGGGCCUGGAGGCAAGGGCCGUGCAAAGGGCCUGGCCCAGAGGGCACGCACUGCAGCAGCAGCCACGAGGAAAUAGGCGGUUUUGCUGAGAUGCGGCAUGACAGGGCAUUGUAUUGCUUGGCAGCUUUAUUGAAAGUGCACCCCGAGGCUG